CAAAUUCAUUCAUCAAUCUCUAACAAUUUCAUUCAUUCAUUUAUUCAAAAACCAAGGCCUUAGCUCUCACAAUGUCUUGUUCUAAGAUUCUCACUGUCUUUGUGCUUUCACUUUUAUUCUCAUUCUCCUCCUCAGCCACCGUUUCACCUCCCAUUCCCGUUUGUAAUUCCACUCCCUAUCCUUCAUUAUGCAGAUCUUCUCUUCCCAGCAACAAUGCCACGGCCAAUGUCUACGACUAUGGCAGAAUUUCGGUCAAAAAAUCUCUCUCAGCCGCCCGAAAAUUCCUAUCACUGAUCGAAAAAUAUCUGAGCCGCCCCUCGGCCUUAACACCGGGAGCAAUCGGUGCACUUCAAGAUUGUCGCGUCCUAGCCGAAUCCAACAUCGAUUUUUUAACAAAUUCUUUUCAGGUUGUGAAUAAAACUCAGACUCUUUCGACAUUGCGUGCUGAUGACGUUCAAACCCUCCUUAGUGCACUCCUAACCAACACGCAGACUUGUCUCGAUGGCCUAGACGAAACCGCCUCGUCGUGGAGAUCGAAAAACGGUGUCUCGAUCCCUCUUGCUAAUGACACGAGGCUGUACAGAGUUUCUCUGGCUCUGUUUCGAAAAGGGUGGGUGCAUAACAAGAAUAGAGGGCCAUUUAAGCCUCACAGGAAGCACAGUGCAUUUAAAGAUGGGAAGCUCCCAUUGAAAAUGUCUGACAAAAACAGAGCCAUUUUCGAGACCGUGGGAGGAAGAAAGCUUCUCCAGACUGAGACUAAUCAGGUUCUGGUGAGCAAUAUAGUGACUGUGAGUCAAGAUGGAAGCGGCAAUUACACCACCAUCAAUGAGGCUCUCGCGGCGGCUCCGAAUAACUCUCUAGCUAGCAGUGGCUACUAUUUGAUAUAUGUCACGGCAGGAGUGUACGAAGAAUAUGUGUCCAUUGCGAAGAAUAAAAAGUAUUUGAUGAUGAUCGGUGACGGCAUUAAUCAGACGGUGAUCACCGGCAGCAAUAAUGUUGUGGAUGGUUCUACUACAUUCAAUUCUUCCACAUUUGCUGUGGUGGGACAAGGAUUUGUCGCGGUGAACUUGACCAUCAGGAACACAGCAGGAGCCAUCAAGCAUCAAGCUGUGGCGCUACGCAAUAGUGCAGAUCUCUCUACAUUCUACAGCUGCAGCUUCGAAGGAUACCAAGACACAUUAUAUGUACAUUCCCUGAGGCAAUUCUACACAGAAUGCGACAUUUAUGGCACAGUCGACUUCAUAUUUGGAAAUGCAGCUGUCGUGUUCCAGAACUGCAACAUUUAUUCGCGCCUUCCAAUGUCCGGCCAGUUCAAUGCCAUCACUGCUCAAGGCAGAACGGAUCCGAACCAGAACACAGGCAUUUCAAUACAGAACUGUAAUAUUAGAGCUGCUGAUGACUUGGCUUCUAACAAUGGAACUACAAAGACAUAUCUUGGUAGGCCUUGGAAGGAGUAUUCGAGGACAAUUUAUAUGCAAUCCUACAUUGAUAAUCUAAUUAGUACUGCUGGAUGGCGCGAGUGGAAUGGGGAUUUCGCGCUAAGUACAUUGUACUAUGCUGAAUUCAGUAACCAGGGGCCUGGAUCAAAUACUACAAGUAGAGUUACAUGGCCUGGAUAUCGCGUGAUUAAUGCCACGGAUGCUGGAAAUUUCACAGUGUCGAGUUUCUUGCUCGGAGAUGAUUGGUUGCCGCAGACUGGAGCUCCUUACUCAAGUAGCUUGUAAUCAUGGGCGAAGCUCAUGUAUAUUUGUCUUAUAUUCUUACUAUUCUUUGAUUUCAAGAUCAUUCUCAAUCAAGAUUUGUUGUAACUAGUAGAUGUAGUGACCAUUGUACUUUCCUAGCUCAUAUUCAUUGCAUUGAUAUUGUAAUACAAGAAUAGCAAAAUGUUCAGUCCU